UCUAACCUCUCCCCUAAACCGUCUCUCAACCAGCCUAGCUAUGGCUACCACUCUCCCUCGUCCUCCUCUUCUUCCUUGACCCCCUCCAGGGCCUCCACCACCUUCUUCUACGAUUAAGGGCAGGAUGGCCACCUCAUCGACAUCUCAUGGCCUCCUGUCUCUCCUCCUCCUCAUCUUCCUCCACUGCCUCACCCAUGGUGCCGCCACCACAGGCAUCCGCCUUGGCAUCAUUCGGAAAAUUUCUCCAGAUGUUGCCAUCUUUCAAGAAGCUCCAGCUUUUCGAAACGGGGAUGUUUGCGAGCAUGCAAAGAAAAUUCACAUCGCUAUGACACUUGACUCCAAUUACCUAAGAGGCACCAUGUCGGCUGUGCUUUCAAUCCUGCAACACUCGACGUGCCCAGAGAUUGUCGAGUUUCACUUUCUCUGGGCACGGUUCGAGCCCGAGGUGCUCUCCAACAUCAAAUCCACCUUCCCCUACCUCAAAUUCAACGUCUACCGCUUCGAUUCGAAGAGGGUACGUGGGAAAAUAUCAAAGUCGAUACGUCAAGCCUUGGACCAACCCUUAAACUAUGCACGUAUUUACCUAGCCGACAUAAUCCCAGUUGAUGUGAAUAGGGUUCUAUACCUAGACUCGGACCUUGUGGUUGUGGAUGACGUGGCAAAGUUAUGGAAGGUUGACUUGCAAGGCAAGGUAUUGGCAGCGCCAGAAUAUUGCCAUGCAAACUUCACCCAAUAUUUCACAGAAUCGUUCUGGUCCGACAACGAAAUGUCCAAAACGUUUGAGGGCAGAAAUCCUUGCUAUUUCAACACAGGGGUGAUGGUGGUGGACGUGGAUAAAUGGAGACAAGGUGGGUACACUAAGAAAAUGGAGGAGUGGAUGCUAGUGCAGAAGCAGAAGCGAAUUUACCAUUUGGGGUCUUUGCCGCCGUUUUUGUUGGUUUUGGCUGGGGACAUCACGGCCGUUCAUCACAGGUGGAACCAGCAUGGACUUGGUGGGGAUAAUCUCGAAGGCAAGUGUAGGAGUUUGCAUCCUGGCCCUAUAAGCUUGCUGCAUUGGAGUGGGAAGGGCAAGCCCUGGUUGAGGUUAGAUUCAAGAAGGCCCUGCACCGUUGAUCAUCUGUGGGCCCCUUAUGAUCUCUACCGUUCAUCAACUCAUUAUUUUGAAGAACGAGAGAUGAUGAGAUCAACGGUGUGGGAAGGGCAAGAAGGUGAAAAAUAGUUUUGGAGUAAAAAAAUUGGGUCAGGGGGGAUAGGGAGUUUGAUUAACUAGAAGAGCAAGAAGGUGAGAAAAUGGUCACUGGGACCAAGAAAAAAAAAGCAAGAAAAAGUAUAGAAACAAAAGUAAAACUUUAGUGAGUAAAUUGAUUGGGCUAAGGCUGGUUAAUUGCAAGGAGGGCAUAUAUUUACUUGGAGGAAACACAUGGAAGAGGAAGAAGACUUCACAGUGUUUGAGUUAUUUUUUCUUCUUCCGAUGAAAAUGUUAUCGGCAUAGCUUUCGACCACCGGAAGAUCCUCUUACCGGAGUUUUAUGGCGGCCCUCAACGUUAUUUGUUUAAAUAUGGAAUUAUGUCUCCAUAUCCAGUUUAGUGUAUAAUUAAGUUUAUUUAGCCUAACAAUAUGCUGGUACAUUUUUGUUUUCCUUAUUUCAUUUUUGGUACAAUUUUUCUUGUACCUUCUUGUACCUUCUUCUACCACCAAACAAGGCUCCCAAUUCCCAAAUUUUGAUGGGAGUCAUGUGGUAAUUCAAUUAGAAAUAUCCAGUCUUGGAUAGGGUAUAUAUUGCUAUC